CGCAUUUAGAAGAACAAGAACAUGUGAUUACGUCCCGAGUCGAUAGAAGCGAAGAUGUCACCUUUGGUGCGAUUGGUACCGAGUUUAAACUCGAAAUUACUCGGCAUUCGCCAUUUCUGGAGAUCGCGAGACCCUUUUCACGAUUUCGAGUCGGGAAUGCGAUACCUAGAAAGGCAAAUGAGGGAUAUGGAACGAGAAAUGCGUCGCUUGUACGACAAUUUUAACGCACGUGACGUGUUUUUAAGCUUAACGUCGCCUUGGUUCGGUCGGCAAGUUCCAAUAGAAUCUUCGAACGCCAAAGAGAAGUUUACUUUGAAGCUGGACGUGAUCGGUUAUAAACCCGAAGACAUCAAAGUGACGGUGAGAAAUCAUAUAUUGACGAUACAAGCGAGGAAGCAAGAAACCACCAAGGACGGAGCCAAGGUUUAUAGAGAGUAUACGCAUCAAUAUAACCUGCCCGAGGAAGUGGAUCCGGAUACUGUCAGAUCCAUGUGUAAUUCUGAUGGAAAUUUGAUUAUCGAAGCGCCUCUGAAGUUCGUAGAUGAGCCGAAAACAACAGAAAUACCAGUCGAAAACAUUAAAGAUGAGAAAUGAGUUCUCUUUGUUAAUUUGUAGAGAUACAACAAUACUGUACUGUACUAAUAGUUGUAGAUUGCUUUGUGUUCUAUUCUAGUUUAUUCUGGAAAGGAAUUUUUGUAUUAUUUAUUUGAAUAUUUUUAAAAUAAAUAUUUAGAUAUUU